CCUGCUGCUACCUAGUCCUGCCUCCCUGCAUCCCAGAAGAGCCACAUCGGCCUGCCUUUCCGUAUUGGAUUUUCCAAAACAGCUCUUCGGUUUUUGGUGCUGUAGGAGACCUUGCUUUUCAAUCACAUGGGAGAACACUGGAGCUUGUAAGAGGAGAAUCUGGCAGCUGGACACAGCUUGGACUGCAUUGUCUGUCUUCACGACCUCUGCUGUGUAGCAGCUCAUCUCUCCACUCUCACACGUACACUCUCCUCGAUUUUUCUUCCUUCCUUUUUUUCCUUUCUUCUAAUCUUUUAAAAGCAGCCUCUGGAGCCAGCCAUGUUUGGCACUGAAUCUUCAUUGAGCAUGUUUUUGAACACAUUAACGCCGAAGUUCUACGUGGCUCUGACAGGCACUUCCUCACUAAUAUCAGGGCUUAUUUUGAUAUUUGAAUGGUGGUAUUUUCGCAAGUAUGGAACAUCAUUCAUUGAACAAGUCUCAGUAAGCCACUUGCGCCCCCUUCUGGGAGGGGUUGACAACAACUCCUCCAACAAUGCUAACUCCAGUAAUGGGGACUCAGAUUCCAACAGGCAAAGCGUCUCAGAAUGCAAAGUAUGGCGAAAUCCACUAAAUUUAUUUAGGGGUGCUGAAUAUAAUCGGUACACUUGGGUGACUGGACGAGAGCCUCUGACUUACUAUGACAUGAAUCUCUCUGCCCAGGACCACCAGACAUUCUUUACUUGUGACUCGGACCAUCUGCGUCCUGCAGAUGCAAUAAUGCAGAAAGCCUGGAGAGAGAGAAACCCCCAAGCCAGGAUUUCUGCAGCCCAUGAAGCCUUAGAGAUAAAUGAAAUUAGGUCCAGAGUUGAAGUUCCCCUAAUUGCUUCCUCUACCAUCUGGGAGAUAAAAUUAUUACCAAAGUGUGCAACUGCUUAUAUUCUCUUGGCUGAAGAAGAAGCAACAACCAUUGCUGAAGCAGAAAAGCUGUUUAAGCAGGCCCUGAAAGCUGGAGACGGCUGUUACCGGCGUUCUCAGCAGCUACAGCAUCAUGGAUCCCAGUAUGAAGCCCAACAUAGACGAGACACCAAUGUCUUGGUCUACAUCAAAAGAAGGCUAGCAAUGUGUGCCAGAAGACUCGGGAGGACCAGAGAAGCAGUGAAAAUGAUGAGAGAUUUAAUGAAGGAGUUCCCUCUCCUGAGCAUGUUCAACAUCCAUGAAAACCUUUUAGAAGCCCUUCUGGAACUACAAGCAUAUGCUGAUGUUCAGGCAGUCUUAGCAAAGUAUGAUGAUAUAAGCUUACCAAAGUCGGCAACAAUAUGCUACACAGCGGCCUUGCUCAAAGCAAGGGCUGUCUCUGACAAAUUCUCUCCCGAGGCUGCAUCUCGGCGGGGGCUGAGCACAGCAGAGAUGAAUGCAGUAGAGGCCAUUCAUAGAGCCGUGGAAUUCAAUCCUCAUGUGCCAAAAUACCUACUAGAAAUGAAAAGCUUAAUCCUGCCCCCAGAACAUAUCCUGAAGAGAGGGGACAGUGAAGCAAUAGCAUAUGCGUUCUUUCAUCUGGCACACUGGAAGAGGGUAGAAGGGGCUUUGAAUCUUCUGCAUUGUACGUGGGAAGGCACUUUUCGGAUGAUCCCUUAUCCCUUGGAAAAGGGGCAUCUAUUUUAUCCUUACCCCAUCUGUACAGAAACAGCAGAUCGUGAGCUGCUUCCGUCUUUCCAUGAAGUCUCAGUUUACCCAAAAAAGGAGCUUCCCUUCUUUAUUCUCUUUACUGCUGGAUUGUGUUCCUUCACAGCCAUGCUGGCCCUCCUGACACAUCAGUUCCCGGAACUUAUGGGGGUCUUUGCAAAAGCUAGUUCAGGGACUGGAAUUGCAAGAGUAUUUUCAUGCGUGUUGAAGAUGAACUGGAAAUCCCACCGGCACCUCAAUCUCAUCAUUUUCAAAACUGAACUCAUCACCCUUCUUCCCCCACCACCAAAACUGCUCCUCCUCCUGUAUUCCUGAUCUCCGCCAGUGGCACUGACAUCCACCCAGUUACUCAAGCCAGAAACUCAGCAGCCCUCCCAAACUCUUCCCUCUCUCACUUCUUAUAUCCUGUCUGUCUUGGCUUUCACAGUCUGUCGGCUCUAACCUCCUGAGCCACUAGGCAUUCAGUAAAUGUAAUUCACCUCUUCUUCCCUUCCUUCUUCUCCCAUGGCUGUCUCUUAGUUUGGAUCUUUGUGGUUUCUUGCCUGGACACCUGCAAGAGUCUUAACUGGUCUCCUUGCUUCCAGUCUUAUCCUCUGCCAGUAUUUCUUUCAUACUGACACAAGAAUGAUCUUUCUAAAUUGCAAGUCUGAGCAUGUCACUUCCCUGCUUGAAUUUCUCUAGUAGUUUCCCACCAGCAUCAGGAUAAAGUCCCAGAUCUUUAGCAUGGCAUACAAGGUCCUUUAUGAUCUGGCCCUUGCUUGCCUCUUCAGCCUCAUCUCUCUCCCAACUCUUGCACAGACACUGCUCUUGGGCCACAGUGAAUUACUCACCAUUCCCAGAUGCUUUUGUGUGCCUCGGUGCCUUUGCACGUACUGUUCGCUCUGCAUGGAAUGCCCUUCCCCAUUACCAUCAGCAUUUGUCCAGUCUACUAACGCCUCUUCAUUCUCUUAUACUCAGCUUCCUUUCUAAGUUUCUCCUAAGCUGAGUUAGAUGUUUCUCCUCUCAGCUCCCACAGUAUUCUAUGAAUACCUAUAUUACGUUUAUUGUACUGUAUUAUAAUUGUUAAAAACUUGUCUGACCCCCUUGUAGAAUGUGAGCUCUUUGCGAGCAGGACUGUGUCUUCCUCAUCUCUGUAUCCCCAAAGCUUUGCACAGUGCCUUGCACAUAGUAGGUUUUCAAUAAAUGAUUAUUAAAUAAAUAAAUGGUAGUGGUUUCUGCAGAAAGAAUCAGUGUAAAAAAUUAGAUACAGCUUAGCGUUUCUUCUCUUCUUUUAUAAUUAUGAUCACAGACAGAGUUGAAAGGGACCUUAAAUUGCCUUCAACAGUAACUUGAUGAAGGUCAUUUAGACUCAUCUGGAAUACUUUUAACGAUGGAGUGUUCACCUGUUCAACAUGGAAACCCAUUUCAGUACUGGAUCACUCAGAACUCUUCUUGAUACUGAUAAAAUCUGCCUUCCUUUAAUUUCCACUUAUUUCCUAUUCUACUCUCCAAAACUAUAGUGAACAACUCUACUUCCUCUUGCAAUUUCUUGAGGCAGCUAAUAUAUUCAUGGCCACCUCUCACCUCUAACUUUCUACCUUCUCUUUUCUUCAGGCAGAAUGUCUUCAAUUUCCUUAAGUCUUCUGUACAUGAUAUGAUUCCUGAACCCAGUAUCACCCAAGCUGCCUCCUUGGAUCCUCCCUAGUUUAUGGGCCUAUGCUAUUCAUUAUUUGCUUCUAUUCCCAAGCCAACCUCUUAGUUAAAGCAGUUACCAAAAGUCCGAGUAGAUUAGAGUGUCAUGUAGUAAAAUUUAAAAUAAGAAUACAUUUACAACAUUAGACAAUGUCAUUCUUCAUUGAACUAACAAGCAGCUCUUGGUGGGAAUUUAGGAUCAGGACAGUGAUUCUCAGCCCCUAGUGUGCACGAAAUUCACCUGGCCCUACCACCGGAAGUUCAGAGCCUUGAGUGUUAGCACCCAGGAAUCUGCAUUUUUAAACAAGCCCCGCCCCCCACCGAUUCUAAGGAUGGGGGUUGAGGACCAUUUCCUUCAAAGAACACCGGUCUCAAAAAAGCCAGCCUUUGAGCAGCCGUUGGCAGGUGCGUGGUGCGACGUCAGAGCUGUUGAGGUGACAGGUUUCUAGGAACCAGCAGUUUCACCCCGGCUGCUCCUUGAAAUCAUCUAGGGAGCUUAAAAAUGACAGGUGCCUGAUCUCCCAAUCCUGGGGACUCUGACUUAGUUGGUCUGGGAUGCAGCCUGGGCAUCUGAGUUUUCAGAUGCCCCCCUAGUGAUUUGGGUGUGCAGCCAGGGCUGAGAGCCUCUGUACUGAAUAAAGUAACUGCCUGAAACUGCGUCACCCGGGGAGAGGGCUGGGAGGAAUGGAGGGUAGUACAUAGAAUACGACUGGGUGUUCUCUGGGUAAGGCUGUGUGGCCUCCAGAAUAUCACAGAGAUGUGCUCGUUAUGGAUAUUAGACCAAGGGCCACUCUCCUCAUUUAAUGUUUCCAAAGCUUUGCUUUUGAGUCAAGGACCAAAUGAUUAAAUAAAAUAUAAAUUUGCCUUUAUGGUCCUCAUAUUUUAUACUCUACCAAGGUGUGGUAGUUUGGUCAGCUACUCAUAGUUUUCAAAAGUAGUUUAGAUAAAUUUGCUUUUAAACCUCUGUCUGGAGGAUCACAUUCAUCUUGCCCUUCAUUAAGGUUUAGCAGUACUAAAACGUCUGGAGAGAUUUCAUGGGGAAGGAAGAUGGAUGACCUGAAGGAGACAAGCCCCAUCUCCCUCCUCCAUCCCCCCCCCCCACUGCUCCAGAGUCUUCUCUACAUUUUCACUCUUGUCACUUCAUCAGGCCCCUUGUGAAGCCCCCCACAGGUUAUCACAGCCGCCCUAUAGGCUGCCUGCAACCAUUUG